AGGAGUGCGGGCGCUGUCGUGGAGCACGACGCGAGGUCCUCUUCCUUUUAUAUUUUCGCGCCUUAUGCGCCCAGCGUGGACGAGCCCUAUUAGUUUAGCUAGGCACCCCUGUUCUGAGGCUAGUUCGAUGGCUGGCGAGUGCAUCUCGGGGAGGGCUGAUAAGGCCAGGGCGGCUCUGCAGCCCUGGGCCGAGCCGGUCUCUCCCGGGGCGCUGUAUCGUCAGUCGUCGGCAAGCUCCAGCCUGGGUCAGAUCACCGUUUGCUCCGUAUCACAUCCAAGUUACUCUGCUAUUUUUUCUUUUCUGCCGCCUUUUGAGCGCAGUAGCUUUUUAAUCACUUAACAUGACCCUCGCUCGGCUUGUCGCGGCUAUGGUGCUGGUGGCUACCCUUGUUGGCCACCUACCUGCACUCGGUGACGACGUUGCUGUCGUAGAGACCAAGGCAGUGCACGUGACUGCGACCAACCAUCUAGUCGCAACCGGUUACUUUGACGUGUCCUUCGUCAUGCACUUGCCAAAUACGACGAUUGAGGCGGCACCGAGUACACAAUUCCACUGUGUAUCAAUGCUACCUGAUUGGCCAGAGUAUUGUUCUGUGUUUGACCAACUGGAUAAUUCAAGCACGGCCAUUCUGCUGGAAUUAGGUAAAGUGUUGUCUUUCGAAGACAAAGUACCGCUGAAGCCGCGCCGAUCUCUGUUGCCGUUCCUUGGUGAGUUCCGUAGGUGGUUGGAAGGAACUGCUACGGAACGCCAACUAGACUCCGUUAUUACGUCGGUAAACAAGCUGGGCACGGCUUUCAACGCUCUGCAAAUAUCUCAGUCAGAAAUUGUUAACAUAACUAGGAUUAAUGCUGUCAAAAUAGAGUCUGCCAAUGCAGCCAUCCGCAAGGAUCUCCAAUCUUACCAUACUGCUAUAUCUCAACUUGCCAACGCCAUUCUUGAACAUAAAGAUCAAAUGAAUUACGUCCUUAAAAGAUUGUUACUUUCAAUUGUUGUAAAUUCUAGAAUAAGUCUAUUCCAAACGCAUUUGUCCACUAUACGAUCUGUCCAUGCUUCAUGCCGUAACGGGCGCCUCAGCAGCCUAGUUGUGCCCGAGGCCAAACUUCACGAAGUCUUGCUCAACAACACCGCUAAUCUCUAUGCAAACAGUGUUAAAUUCCUACUUAAUUCCAUUUCUCAAUAUUAUGAUUUCGCCUUAGCCUCCUGUACCAUGGUUGAACCUUCAAUUAUAAAUAUCACUCUACCCGUACCGGUCACCUCUGCCCGGUCCGCCUGGAGAGCGUUUGACGUUACUCCGCUUAAAUUCCUCAGUACUUCACUUACUUGUCAAAUUGUUGAGCGGCCUCUCCGUUUUGCCUCGGAUGGCGUGCACCUACGCGCGCUGGCUGAUCCCGUUCUUAUAGGUUCGUCAUCCGUUUAUUUGUUGCCUAGAUUUCACUCACCGUCUGGGAUCGAUGUAUGCUUACAUGAUCUUUUUCACAUUAAUAACGUGUCUAGUAUCAGUAAGAAGUGCCCAAUGAUGUGCAAUGAUAUCACUCAAACAACCGUUCAGUUGUUAAACAGCUCCACUUUUUCUAUUCUUAAUCCGAGGUAUCCUGUACAAAUUAUAUGUCUGGAUCAAAUGGUUAGAAUCUUAUAUCCGAUAAAUUCCGGUAGGUACGAGGUAUCGCUACCCUGUGAGUGUGCGGCGCAAGACAUGUCUCCAAAACAAGAAAUUAUAAUCCACCCUCGCUCAGCCUGCAUUGCCACCCAAUCCAUGCACGUGGAUGCUUCCUGGGCGGGUGACCGAUUGUCAUCCGUCGAGUUAUUUGUGCCGAAGUCUCACGUUGCGGCAGUCUUGGCCUCGAACUUGACUUUGGCGCCCCUGAUGCUCGUUACCCCUUCCCCGCUGCCCAGCGACUCCCACUGGGAAAACCUACCCCUGGUUGGCGGUGGGAAGGUGGAAUACGUUAUAUGGUCCAUCCUCUGUGUGCUGGCACUACUGGGUUCCUGCUGGUUCCUGGAGUCCCGCUUUCAAAUCUUCAGUGGAUGUUGGCGUGUUGGGUUGUGUGCGUGGCGGUGGUGCUGUGUUCGAAAAUCGACAGCAUCUCCGUCACCGCCGCCCCGUGCCAAGGACCAGAGUCACCAUACUUCCGAGGACAUCGAGAUGGAAGAAAGGGCAGUUAAGGCUACUGCUGCGCUGCGGCAGAACCGCCUUGCUCAGAGUUCCCUUUCUCUUGACGAGUUGCACACAUCGAGGGAAGUCCAGCGGUCAGAUCAAUCGUAAAGACAUGUGACUGAUCAGAGACCGGCACUGUGACGUCAGUCUUAAAGUCAGUGUUCGGCUCUGCUGGUGAGCUUGCCUCGCCAGUGCUGGCCCACCGGUGUGUUACGUUGGGAGCGUGUCGUGCUGCAUACGCACAAUUGUAUAUAUUCUUUUUCUUUCCUUCUUCGGUGAGACGUCACCAUUUUCUGUAAAUAGUUCCUUUUUCUUUGCGUUCCUCGUACAAUCGGAU